AACACUGGAGCCUCAAAGCAGCUCACAAGAUCAAAACUGCAUAACUUGUAACCUUUCCAACACCUGAUACAAGAAACUAGUCACAACUCACAAGACACAUAAAACACCCAAGAGAGAAUAAAAAAAAAGUAUUGCAAACAGAAGAUCGAUCUAUGGACCACAAACCACUGGAACAAAACAAAUGUGAGAGAAAACACACACACACACACACACACACACAUACACGCACAGAAACAGAGAAAUGUGAGAGAUCCUCAGUAUGAAAUCUACUAAAAAAACAACACAUCCCUUAGGCCAUACAUACUUGCCACAAAAAACCAAUCUCUCUCUCUCUCUCUUGUGUUUUAAGGAUUUCUUCUAGAGAAAAUGAUUUUUGAAUCAACCACAACUUGACAUGUGUCAACCUGUUGAAUGAGAGAACUCCAUUUUUGAGCAAAUUUUUCCAGUAUAAAUUAGUCCCUCCAUUUCACACAUUUGAGGUAUCUAAUAAGACUGCCUAUUUCCUUUCUUUGAAGGUGGGAUUUUCUGUCAUUUUCCAGAGAAAAACCCUUGGGAAAAUUCUGGGUAAAUGAAGCUCGCUCGUGGGUUUUUGCUCAUUUGGAUUGUGGUGACACUUCUCUCCCCAAAUUCAAGCAAUGUUGAAGGAAGAACACAUUUCCACAAAAAAAAGAAGAACAGAAGUACUCCUAGUCUUCAACUCCCUGCAUCUCCACCCCCUGCUUAUCCUCCCUCUGUCCCCUCCGAUCCAAGCGAUCCCGGCCCCGGGAAUUCGAGCUCAGACUGCAUCUUCUACGUGACCUCUUUCGGGGCAGUGGGAGAUGGCUCCAAUGAUGACACUGCAGCCUUCAGGGAAGCAUGGAAAGCAGCUUGUGCAGUAGAAAAUGGUGUCCUUUUAGCUCCCUCAGACUACACCUUUAUGAUCACUUCAACCAUCUUUUCAGGCCCAUGUAAGCCUGGACUAGUGUUCCAAGUGGAUGGGGUUCUAAUGACACCUAAUGGACCGGAUUCUUGGCCUAAAGAAGACAGCAAUAAGCAAUGGCUUGUGUUUUACAAGCUUGAUGGCAUGACUUUCACCGGAACCGGAACCAUUGAAGGGAAUGGAGAGAAGUGGUGGGAACUCCCUUGCAAACCUCACCGGGGUCCCAAUGGGUCGACGUUGCCUGGACCAUGUGACAGUCCUGCUUUGAUUCGCUUCUUCAUGAGCUCGAAUUUGAUGGUUAGUGGGUUAUGCAUCCAGAAUAGUCCCAUGUUCCAUAUGAAAUUUGAUGGCUGUGAAGGUGUUCUGAUAGAGAAGUUGUCCAUUUCUUCGCCCAAGCUUAGUCCCAACACGGAUGGCAUUCACAUUGAGAACACCAAGGCUGUUGGGAUAUACAACUCAGUGAUAGGAAAUGGCGAUGAUUGCAUUUCCAUUGGAACGGGUUGCUCAGAUGUUGACAUAGAAGGUGUCACUUGUGGCCCUAGUCACGGGAUCAGCAUUGGAAGCCUAGGGGUGCACAACUCUCAAGCAUGUGUUUCCAACAUAUCGGUCCGCAAUGUGGUGAUUAGGGAUUCAGACAAUGGGGUCAGGAUCAAGACAUGGCAAGGUGGGACUGGCUCGGUGACCGGCAUUUCAUUCGAAAACUUGCAAUUUGACAAUGUCAGGAACUGCAUAAUCAUUGACCAAUACUACUGCCUCACCAAGGCCUGCCGGAACCAGACCUCAGCCGUCUACCUGAACGACGUUUCUUACCGGAACAUAAGAGGCACCUACGACGUCAGGAGCCCUCCGAUACACUUCGCCUGCAGUGACACCAUGCCCUGCACCAACAUAACAAUGUCUGAAGUUGAGCUGCUUCCAUUUGAAGGUGAGCUAGUAGAUGAUCCAUUUUGUUGGAAUGCAUAUGGGGUUCAAGAGACCUUGACAAUACCUCCUAUUGAUUGUUUACAAGAUGGAUGGCCAGAGACAAUAGGAGAGAUGUCCACUUAUAGUUGUUGAUUGAAUGAGUCCUUUUAGUGCAUUUAGCUACUAUAUCUAUCUAUCAAUCUAUAUAUAUAUAUAUAUAUAUAGAAUUACUGUAUAGAGCCCAAGAGCAUUUGUUAUGGGGUCUUGAUUGUUGCUUAGGUUCCAUCCCUUUUUGGGUUUGUUACCCUUAAUUGUGUGAUGGGGAUGUAUUAGAAAAGGGGUCUAUUUAUUGCCCUGCUAUGUGAUAUAUUGGGACUUUACAUUCAGUAUAUUUAUAUAUAGUUUUAAAAGAA